AUUCCUCGUCAUCCUCGUCGUCGUCGCCAUCGUCGUCGUCGUCGUCGCCGUAGUCGUCCUCGUCGAUGACGCGCUUGGCCCGCUUGCGGGGCGGUUCUUGGAUCGGCGCGUGGUCGGUCGCGGCGGGGAUCAAAGGCGCGGGUGGGGUCGGGGGACGCGUGAAGGACGCGAGAGCAGCCUGGUCGUAGCCCCCGUCGUCACCAAACAGCCUCUCCAGACGGCGGUUAGCGACUUGAAACUUUUGGGCGAAGAAGGCGCGGCGAUGCUCGUCGUCGAGGUCGGACGCCUCAGGCAUCAGUGAGGGCGGGUGGUGGCCGCCGCUGGGGGUAUUGGUCCGCGGCAGGCCGUCGUCGGCAGCACCACCGUGAUAACCGUGGCCUCGUUCGCCGUUGACCUGGCUUGCCGAUGGCGGCGGCCAGGCAUUCUGGCCAUUUGCGAUGGACAUUGUCCGGUCCGGGGAUGCUGGGGGGAGUGCGGUGGCUCGGUCGCCAUGCGCCGGAUAUGCGCUCGUGUUCUGCCGACACCAGGGCAAUUCAGGACGUCUUGGUCACAUGGGAAGAAGCGUGGGCAUCCAGAGAGAUGGUCUGCACAGUCUCGGCCCGGUCGGCGAUGAGGUGGUUGCGUAUUGAUGGAUUCAGUCGUGGGUGAUUUCGGGGCGAGUUGGACGUGAGGUCAAGUUUAGGACAAGGCUUCUGCCGUUUUUGGGAACAAGGGGGGCGCCGCGAUUUUGCUGGCUGCAAGCUGCAGUGCUUUUGCCAAAAGGGACUUGGAAGGAGGAGAGGUGAUGUUGUCGCGCACUCGACUUUUGAGGUCUUGAGGACUCAAAACUACAGAAUAUGGCUCAAUCCACCUGCCAGAGCCUGCUACAGUCGUUUCGCAUUGUGCAAUCCCCAAUUUCUUGCUUCAGUCAAGCUCCUACACCCCAGGGCCAUGUACCCGCCCGCGAGUUUCUGCUGCCCUGUCUUGCCCACCCUGGCUGAGGAAAGGUGAAAGUCACGUGAACCGCUGCUCGGUGCGCCCAACUCCUUGCAGAAACCAGGCCUAGGAGAGCAGUCCGUCGAGUGUGGCAAGGGACAGGUUACUCUGAGAUGUCAUUUGUAUUCAUCCAGACGUGAUUUCUGUUUUUUGUGUAUUCCUGGUCUAACCAAGUCCAGUGCCAGUCCAGCGCUCGACCUGCAGUGAGGCUCUGUCUCUCUGGAAUUACAGCACUCUCCCAAGCGGGCAGGGAUUCCAGUUCCCAGCGGCAGGCCUGCCACCCCCACCUUUUCCUCCCCCAGAGUUCGGCCCCGUUUUGUCCCGUUACGGCGCCACGUUCAGCCCCUCUCCCCCUAGCCCACUGAAGCUCCAGGCGGGUGCUGCAGGAAGCCGAAACCUGGAACCCAGCAAGCUCACCCAUGGGCAGCAGCCAGCCUCAGAAGGUAACAACAGCAGGCAGCUCAAAUCUGACAUGACCUAAACCAACGACAGACUCACAGCAAGAAAAAAAGAAAAAAACAAUGACGACGACGGAAAUCACUCCUACUACAGAAAACAGUCAGCCUUCAUCUUGGUGAUUCAUCUCGCGCGCGCCCAACGUCAUAUCUGUCACAGACAGACCGACAACCUUAGCAAAACAACCCCACGUUCAACCCCCCCCCGAGAAAUAGCCAAGCAAACCACACACAACAACAACAACAACAACAAUGAGAAUACGGCUCCCCUUCGCAGGCGUCUUCACCCUCCUCCUCCUCCUCUCAGCCUACGCCGGCCUCUCCACCCUCCAACUCUCCCCCUCCCUCCCCCUCAACGACAAAGCCCUCCACUUCCUCACCUUCUUCCUGUUAACCCUCGCCUUCUACUGGGUAAUCGACACCACCCGCCGCCGCACCCUCAACCUAACCCUCGCCAUCUGCACCGUCGGCGGCGGCAUCGGUUCGGAAAUUUUGCAAGGCCUUCUCCCCAACGGUCGGGAGUUUGAUCCAUAUGAUGUCGUCGCCAAUUUAGUCGGUUCGUUGGGGGCGGUGGGGUUGUGUUCGUGGUAUCAUAAGCGGAUGCUGGAAAGAAAACGGCAGAGGAGAUAUGGUGGCGAGGGUGGUGCUGGGGAGGAGCUGGAGAGGUUGCAUGAUGGAGAGGAGGAGGAUUUGGAGUUGGGGGAGGGGUUGGGGUUGGGCAGGAGUUUUGAUGGGCAGCAGGAGCAGGGUGUGACGACUGCUGCUGCUGCUGCUGCUGCGACGGAAGAAAGGGGAAAGAGUUUGGAGGAGGAGGUGGAUGAUUGGGAUGAGAAUGAGGUGGACAACUGGGAUGAUGAGGAGGAGGAAGAGGAGGAGAGUGAGGAGGAUAUCGGGGGGGCUGCUUCAGGGGCUGGCAGGGUAGGGGUUGUGAACGGGAAGAAGAGAGCAGAUUAGGAACCUGGGUGACGACUUGCUGGUUGAUGUUCAGGUCUUUGCCAGAAGAAAACAAGAUAUCACAGAAGCUGCAUGGAUAUUGGAAACCAACAACGAUGAUUAUUGUUUGGGGAAAAUGGGGUGGCGUAAUUUAUUUACUCGUUCAUGGUGGUUGUGUUUGUGGGUUUAUCGCUCGUUAUGCUAGAUAUGAGGGUGGGUUUGGAUGGAAAUUGUAUGAUCUACCUUCGGAAUAAGCGAGGGGGGGACGGUCUGAUGUUGCUCUCAAGUCAACAGCUGGUGAAGUAUGGGUUCAAAUUAGCAUCUCGUAUCAAGCAUGCUUUGCAGGUUACCAGAACUAAAAAUGAGCAACGUUCUGGCUAUGAGGUUACAUCCCUUGUCUACAUCGACUACUGCA